AAUCAUCCUAAGGUGCAUAAUAAAAAUACUAGCACAAUAGCACCUUUGUAAAAAGGGAAAAAUAGUUUCAGUUGGAUUGGUUGGCAAUAUGGGUGCUAAGCCUUAAUCGGUAGACAGGCAGGCAGGCGAGUAGGCACACGUAUACACAAGAUCGUUUCUGUGUGGUGGUUAUACAAUUGAUUACAAAAUAAAUUCCAUUUAAAUUUGUUUCAAUUGUGAAAACAAGAUAAGCAACCGAGUAUCAACCGGUUCGCAUAUACACACAUCUUCCUUCUAAUUUUAAAUAACUUUCUUCAUCUUUCUCAAGUGAACUUUUGUUCUUGUUGUUGUUCUUCUCUGGAUCGUAACUUUUAUUAAAAAGAAAACUCAAAAGAUGGAUGGAAUUAAAAAGAAAAUGAUUGCAAUGAAGUUGGAGAAAGAGAAUGCUAUGGAAAGAGCUGUUCAAUAUGAAGAACUACUUAAAAAGAAAGAAGAAGAACGUGAAAAAAAGGAAAGUGAAAUUGCUGAACUCAACACUAAAAUGAAACAAGCUCAAAUUGAAUGUGAUGGAAUACAAGAAACACUACAAGAACAAAUGAAUAAACUAGAAGAGACUGAUAAACGUGCAACAAAUGCUGAAGCUGAAGUUGCUGCAAUGACACGAAGAAUUCGUUUGCUGGAAGAAGAUUUGGAGGUUUCGUCAAGCCGACUUACUGAAACUCUGGCUAAAUUGGAAGAAGCCAGCAAAACUGCUGAAGAAAGUGAACGUGGACGGAAAGAUCUUGAGAUCCGUUCUAUUGCUGAUGACGAACGUCUUAGUCAAUUAGAAGACCAACAGAAGGAAGCCAAGUAUAUCGCAGAAGAUGCAGACCGUAAAUAUGAUGAAGCUGCACGUAAAUUAGCUAUCGCCGAGGUUGAUUUCGAAAGGGCUGAAGCACGUCUUGAGGCAGCAGAAAGCAAAAUAGUAGAACUUGAAGAGGAAUUACGUGUUGUCGGUAAUAAUAUGAAAGCUCUUGAAAUCUCUGAACAAGAGUCAGCCCAAAGAGAAGAAAGUUAUGAAGAAACUAUCCGAGAUUUAACUGAACGAUUAAAGGCUGCUGAACAACGAGCUGCUGAAGCUGAACGUCAAGUCUCCAAAUUACAAAAUGAGGUUGAUCAUUUGGAAGGUGCGAUUCUCCCGUCGAUGCAUAACAUGCUUGCUCAAUAACAGUGUGCAUGCAUAAGCAUGUAAUGCAUUUUUAGGCAUAACCUUAUACGGUUUACUCACUUGAGUUCAUGCGUCCACACACACACAGACACUCAAAGACACUUGUUUAAAGUGUCUUGACCGUAGAUAUUCUCCAAAACCGCAUGUCUCUGUCAUGGAGGAGAGAGGCAUAUGUGCGUGCGUGCGAGCCUGUGUGUGUUUAAGGAGUUCCUUUCUUCCUGGGUAUUAGUUUUCAUAUUUCCUCCUUAUUUUACUUGUAUGCCUUGACUGCUUGCUGUGUGCUUAUAAUAUAACAAAUUCAAAUUGAAAUUAAUACAGGCUGAAUCUCGAGCUAACGCUGCUGAAGCUGACGUCAACCGACGUGUUUUGGAUAUUAAAAAGGCUAAAGAACGCAUAGUAACAGAGCGUACUAUGUAUGAAACAUUACGCAAAGAAAUGGACACGAUGAUCAAUGAGUUUCAUUCAAUUUGAUCGAUACCGCUAGCAGCCCCUCUCAUUCUCUUUCAUCUGCUUCAAUACAUUUUACAAUUUUGCAUGUAUUGUAACAUUUUUUGUUGUUGAGAGGGAGGACGCCGACAGCGGUGAAGAGUUUUGAGGUGGCGAG